UCAUUAUCAUCGGUUUAUUUAUAAGUCACAAUCACCCCAGUAAACAAUUUUUUUUAAUUUAUAAACACGUCGUGUCAAGCUCGAUACCGGCCAGUACCUUUCGACUCUCUUCCACAUUAUCAUCCCCAAUUUACUUUAUAUUUUGAACAAACAAAGAUAAAUCUUGAAGCAACAUCAUGUGCUCUCUCGAUCACAAUUACAAUCGAAAACAAUCGGAAAGGGCAAGAUCGAAGUGAUUGUUGUAGUAUUUAAGCCAAAGGUGGGUCAUUUCUCACAUCCUGCGAACAAAACAACAGCCUCUACACAACAAACAUCACUAUAAAUAUAGAUAUCGUCACCGGUUUAGAUCUUAGUUAGUGCCACAUCACUAAAGAGUUAACUACGUGUUAAGGGGGGAAAUUCGAAAGCUUCGAAAAGAUUCCGAACGAAUUUCAUCCAAGUUCAUCCAAGAUUUCAAUUUCGAAUUAUUCGGAGAAAUUGGUUGAUGAUUUCCUUUGAUACAUUUUAAAAACAUCAAAAUGGUAAAUAUAAAGAUGCGGGCACUGGUAGUGUUGCUGUGUUAUCUGUUUUUGACAUCGAAUGGUGCAAGUGUGGCAUCAGAAUUCGCUAUGAGAAGAGCAUGCGGAUACGCUUUAGCAGAUCUAGUCGCUAAAAUCUGCGAUAAUAAUUAUGCGACUCUACAGGAUCAGCCGAUUGGAUCAAUGGAAACGUUCGAUUACAACAGUGAUAUCUUCAUUUCCCCCAAAAAUGCAAGGAGAUUGAUAAGAAGUAGUAGGACGAAACGACAAGGAAUUGCAGACGAAUGCUGUUCUAAGUCUUGUUCUUUGACUGAAAUGAGAGCGUACUGUAACAGUUAACCAUAAAAAAUAAAGAGAAAAUGAGCCUUCAUGUAAUAGUAACAUAGUGAGACUUAUACUAAUAGUGAGAAAAACUGUGAUAUUUUCUCGAAAUAUAACUCCAUAAUAUGUGAUAUUUAAGACUGCGGUGAAAGUUGUGAUACGCGUGAUAUUAAAUUAAAUGUAUUUAAUCAUAAAUUAAUCAUUAAAUUGUAAUAAUAAAUUGCGAAUAAAAGUCAACAAACAGUUCCA